CGGGAGUCGUAGUCCUAGCGAUUCCAGCCAAUCGGCGGCUCUUCCUCUUUCUCCUCCUAAUGGCUGCUUCCAGGAAGGCAUUGAUCUGGACGACUGCAUAGUUUCCAAGGUCCCAACGCUGAAGGAAUAAAUAUUACCCCAAAGAAGAAGGAUUCACACAGAUUCAUCUGUAGUCCUCGUUCUGUGCUCAGGAUUUCAUUCAGCACCCACAAUGAUUGGAAACAUGGCUGCCAACGGCCAUCUUUCACAUCUCUUCUUCGUGCUUUUCUCUCUGCUGAUCGGUCUGCCUGUUGUGGAAGCCUUGGAUGCAGGCGAUGCACUAGCCCUCCUGUUGGGCAUGGUUCUCAGCUGCAUUGGAUUGUGUGCCUGCCUCGGCAUGUACGCAAGAAAACGAAAUGGAGAACUAUGACGCUAAGAAAGAGAUGUCUUUGUCAAGGAUAACUCCCUUGUUGGAUGAGAUUAUAAAGUUUCUGGAUGUUCCUAUUCCCGGAGUAUGGACUAUCCUUGGUGGAAGGUUCUGAAGAAUUGCACUGCAUAGGAAAAGAGUUGUUUCAUAUUUCUUAUGAUUAAGAUAUUGGUUUAAGAUGGAAAUAGUUUGCUUUUUCUUGAUAGGAGAAAUUAACUUUGCUUUUUCUUGUUUGGAGAUGUUAACAGUAAGACUUUUCAUGGAGAUUGAGAUGCAAUGGGGAUUUUUUUUAGGGUAGGAGAAGUCUCGGUUGAGGAUAGUGUGCAGAAACUGUUCAAACUUAAUUAGAAAACACGGAAAAUCCCUCCUAAUUAGUUGAUUUAGAGAUUACGUUGUUUAAGUUUCUAAAAUAUAAAAUCAAUCUUCCUAGUUUUCUUCAAUUUAAGCCACAAUAUUAUGUGAAAACGUCAAGCUGAUGUGUUCCCUCCUAGUUCUGUGAUGUAUUCACCUUGGGAUCUUAUUUUGGAAAUAAUUUAAUGGCUACCAUACACUGCGAUCAUAGCUUGAAAAGAGGAGAAAGUACACAAAAUUAUGUCUCUCCUUUGCUUACUUUCUGUUCCUUUCCAAAAAAAUUCCUGAUGUUGAAAAUUCCUGAUGCCAUAAAGCCUCUCAGUUAUUAAUUUAAAGUGUUUCUAGGGAAGAUGCUUAAAUGACCAAAUGCUCUGUUUAUGUCUUGACUUGUAUUAUUUGAAGGGUUUUUAAUAAAUAGUGGAAUUUGUAUUAUUUUAAAGGUAUUAAAUGAGAUAAAGGAU